GGGCCGGGCUCAGACCAGCAGACCCCGAGGCCCACCUGCCGCUCCCGCGCAGAGAAGUUCUGGACGAGGGGCGAGGGGCCCAUCUUCUUCUACACCGGCAACGAGGGCGACGUGUGGUCCUUCGCCAACAACUCGGGGUUCCUCGUGGAGCUGGCGGCCCAGGAGCGCGCUCUGGUAGUUUUUGCGGAGCACCGGUACUACGGGAAGUCGCUGCCCUUCGGCCCGCAGUCCACGCGGCGAGGCCGCACUGAACUGCUGACCAUAGAGCAGGCGCUGGCCGACUUCGCGGUCCUGCUGCAGGCGCUGCGGGCCAGCCUCGGAGUCCAGGACGCGCCCGCCAUCGCCUUUGGUGGCAGUUAUGGGGGCAUGCUGAGCGCCUACAUGCGGAUGAAGUACCCACACCUUGUGGCUGGGGCCUUGGCAGCCAGUGCGCCCUUGGUGGCUGUUGCAGGCCUUGGGGACCCCUACCGGUUCUUCCAGGAUGUCACCGCUGACUUUGAGGGACAGAGCCCCAAGUGUGCCCAGGCCGUGCGGGACGCGUUCCGGCAGAUCAAGGACUUGUUCCUGCAGAAAGCCUACCGCACUGUCAGCCAGGAGUUCGGCACCUGCCAGCUGCUCUCCAGCCAGGACCUGGCACAGCUAUUUGAGUUUGCACGCAACGCCUUCACCGUGCUGGCAAUGAUGGACUACCCGUACCCCACGGACUUCCUGGGCCCCUUGCCAGCCAACCCUGUCAAAGCUGGCUGUGAACGGCUGCUGACUGAAAACAGGAGCAUCUUGGGGCUCAGUAGGCUGGUGGGACUGGUGUACAAUGCUUCGGGCACCACUCCCUGCUACGACAUUUUCCAGCAGUACCGCAGCUGUGCAGACCCCACUGGCUGCGGCCUGGGCCCCGACUCAGAGGCCUGGGACUACCAGGCCUGCACUGAGAUCAACCUGACCUUUGGCAGCAACAAUGUAACUGACAUGUUCCCGGAGCUGGCCUUCACGGAGCCGCUGCGCAGGCAGUACUGCCUACACACGUGGGGCGUGGAACCCAGGCCUGAUUGGUUGUGGACCAGUUUUUGGGGAGCAGACCUCAAAGCUGCCAGCAACAUCAUCUUCUCCAAUGGUGACCUGGACCCCUGGACUGGGGGUGGGAUACGGACCAAUCUGAGCACUUCGGUCAUUGCGGUCACCAUUCAGGGGGGAGCGCACCACCUUGAUCUCAGAGGGUCCAACCCAGCGGACCCCCCGUCUGUCGUGGCGGCUCGGAGGCUCGAAGCCACAGUCAUCCAUCAGUGGGUGAAGACGGCCAGGCGGGAGCAGCGCUCGAGGCCCAGGGCCGAGGGCCGGCCCCCGUCCAGUUCUUGAGACCACUCAGGGGAGGAGCCUCGGGCGCUACAGCAGCAGGAAACCACACCUCCCUCAGGCCUGUGCGUGUCUCCGAGGCCCCUGAACAGAGUGGGUGGCAGUAUGGUGCAGAGCACCUUUCUUCUGCCACCCCUGGGGGCUCCAAGGUGGCAUGGGCUCCCUGUCCAACCUCCCUCCACAAAACAACACUCCAACGAUCUGUGAGAUGAUGUGGGAGGGAGCAGGCUAAGUAAAGGGAGUGAACCAGUCAGAA